AUGGAAGCUAUUGUGAAGGCAAGAAAAGAAGCCAACGAGGUGAGGAAAAUGGCAAGGAACCAAGAUGCCGCGGCCGAGGAGAGGAGGUUGGCGGCCGAGGAGAGGAGGGUGGCGGCCGAGGAGAGGAAGGUGGCUUUGGAGGAGAGGAAGGUGAGCAAUGAGGAGCGAACAAGAUUGUUGGAAUGGGAGAAGCACUUGUUCUUCUUGGACACAUCUAACCUCAAUGAGGCGCAAAAGGAGUUUGUCAAUCUUUCCCGUGAAGAAGUCUUGAUCCAAAAACGAGCCAUGAUUCGCGCAAUGGGUGGCGGUGGCCUUGGCGGCAUGGGUGGCGGUGGCCUUGGCGCCAUGGGAGGCAUGGGUGGCUUCGGAGGUACCGUGGGCGGCUUAGAUGCCAUGGGUGGCUUUGGAGCUACCAUGGAAGGCAUGGGUGGCAUGGGUGCUUUUGGAGCACCCCCCGGCGCAAUGGCUGCCAUGGGAGGCAUGAGUUUUGCUUCUCUCAUGGGAGGCAUGGGUCCACCUCCGGCCACCAUGGGCGGAAUGUCUUCCGGUGUGCCUCCUCACACACAUUCUCAUGAAGAUGCCGUUGAAGAUCUUGCCAACACCGUCGGAGCUUCACGUGAUGCGGUGCGCGAUGAGGAGGAGGAAGAAUCAUCUUCGGAGGAGGAAGAAUCGUCUUCCGAAGAUGGGGACGAAGACGAGGACGAGGCUUGA